AACAUAAACAGCAGUCUGAGUUAUGUGACUGGCUGCUGUGCCUCACGUGACGAGCCCAAGCAUCUCCCGUUACUAUGGCGACUGACUGCGGCCAUGACGCCGCGCGUUGCGUUAUGGGGCGGGAAUCACACUGCCGGGCUGUCGGUGUGACCGGCGAGGGGGGAGCCAUGCAGCCAGUGCGGGGGUUUCAUGCAGGAACCGAGUUUGAUGAACGACUGGAGAAGCUGCAGCGCAGCAUGAGGGACUGUGAAAUGAAAAGAUUGGAAUUGGAGAAAAAGCUGUUUCAAUACAGUUCGUCCUGUUCACAUUUAAAUCAUCUUAGGUAUAUGGCACUAAAGCGGUCUUUGAGUGAAAUCUGUGAGAAGGAGAAGAGAGCCAAUUUAAGGAACCGGGCGUUCCUGCAGGAAUUUUAUGGCAUUGAGGCGUCUCUACAUGCUCUCAUCUCAAAUUCCAGGAAGUCUCCACAUACAAAGAUGCUGCAAGUUUCACAUCAAGCAGAAAUUAACACAAGCGCAGACAUGUCAAGAAGAACCUAUCAUCCAGCAACAAUCUUUAUGGGCCGCCAAAUGUCAGCCAACUCAAGCAUUGAACAUUGCCUUACACAGAGGAAAUCUCCCCGGCCCACAAAGAGCUUUUCUAUUUCUGACCCACAUUCAGCCAGACAGGCAGCAAUAAACAGCAAUCUGACAGACAGCUGUGUAGUACCAGCUAAUAGUGAUACUCAGUGCUUAAAUAAGCCUGACAAAAUAGAUGUGGAGACAUCAUCCUUCCAGAUUAGUCAAAAAAUGCCGGUCACAUUCAUCGCUGCUUCUGAGGAUGCAGGAACACACCAAGCAGAGAUCGACAAGACUCAAAGUGCUAGGAAACAUUUAGUUGAAAGCGAGCAAUCUGCACAACUUAGCACACAGACUCGGGAAAGAUUAAGUCCAGAGAACAGAACAGGGGAUUUACAGAAUGACAGCCCAGGCAACAAGGUGGAAGAUUCAUUGAUGUAUGAAAGGCUGGUUCCUAAUGAAGAGAGAUUUACACACACAAGCCCCUCUGGUUCUCCACCUGAUGCCAGCGAUUACAUAAAUAAACAAACAUCAGAUAACCAGAGCGGCUGUGAAAAUCUGUCAGGUUGUCAUUCAGUCUCAAAACAAGAAGAGAAUGAUAUUUCCAAUAGCAGCAGUGACCUGACUGUAUCCAUCACUGAAUCAGAAGAGUCUGGUGCUGAGGACCUACUUGAUGCCAUUGAUGGGAAUGAAGAGAAACAUACAGUGGUGACAAAAGACAGAAAUGUAAAGGAGACUAUGGGAAAUUUCUUAGGAAAACAGUUUCCAAACACACCAGACCAUAGUUCAUAUGGGGAUUCUUCAUCGGUAUCUACAAUAAGUCAAAAUAACCUGUCUUACAAAGGAUUUGUCCAUUUGCUCCAGUCAAUAGAAGGUAUGCUGCUGCAGAUGGAGCCUAAUGAUUUACAACUGUACCAGAAUACUGGCCUAAGUCACAGACAACGGGAGCACCUUGUAAGUCUCUGUAAUCAGAUGAAGCCUCUAAGAAGUGAAGACCUGGAAGCCUGUUCCGCACUUGUCACCUGGCAGCUCCAGAUAGAAAGUGGGGGAUCUUCUCAUGAGGAAAUGGAUCACGAUCUCAACAAAGAUGAAAAGAGUCAAAGGACUAUCUCUACAUUAUUGCGAGAACAUCUGCUUGCCCAUGUAUCUUUCUUGAAAGACCGUGGGAUUUUGAAAGGCGAUGUUCCAGCAGGUUUUGCCGAUGUAUUGAUGCUGCAUGAUGAAAUGAAAUCUCAGCAGGGUAACCCCCACACUAAUAGAGAUGAGAGAGAUUCCCGCAAGUCGGCACAGAGCUGCAUUUUUCCAAAGAAGGACCAAACUAUUGAUGAACAGUGCAAACGUACAGAACAUGAAGGCCGUAGAAACACAAAGCAAUAUGACACAAACUCGUGUGAAGAUGACAGCACAAUCGGAAAGUUUGGAGAGAAGAAAGGUGUUCCAGAAAACGCCAGUGUUGUGCUGCAAGGUAGAUGGGAUACAGUCCACACAGAAAAAGAUGGCUGUGAAGAACUGAGUGAUGUAUCGGAUAUUGAAUGUCCUGGGUUAACAUCUGGUGACGCUAAUUUCAGACGAAUGACGGGGACCAAUCUAAGUUCUGAAAAUACCUUCUCAUCAGAUGAGCCAAGUCCUGUGCACAGAAAAGAAAAUGAAAUUUCAGUGCCAACAAAUAUGAAAUCCAGGAUAGGUCCAUCUAACAUUAAGUCUAAAGCUUUCUGGGGCGAAUCUGAAGACAGCAGCUCAGAUAUUGAAGCCAUACUACGACCGCAAACUCAAAAUGUAGACGAUUUUGAUGACUUCUUCGAUUAGAGUUCAGAAACGUUGUCCAUAAUUUAGAAUGGAAGAGGCCUGGCUUUACAAUUAUGAUUUACAAGUCACUCUCCCAAAGCAGUUAGUUAGUUUGUCAUGUCAGUCAUAUUUCCAACACAGACUUUGCAUGGCAACUAUUGGGCACAAUGCUACCUGACUAUUAUUGUACAAUGAAUACCAAACCAAACAAAUUAUUCCAAGAAUCUAUACACACAUUUGAAAAAAGGCUACAGAUUGGUUAGCAAGCAUGCUGAACAGUUAGUAAGAUACUAGGUUUUAUACUAAUGUUGCCUACACUGUGGCAAAUUAGCCCAGUGAUACAGAGUUCUAUUCAUGAAGCACUGAAAAGUGUGGAGAAGUGAGCCAGUGGAGAAGUUGCCCAUGGCAACCAAUCAGCAUUGAAGUAACAUUUAUAAUUUGCACACUAUGAAAUUAUACAGAGCAGCUGAUUGGUUGCCAUGGACAACUUCUCCACUUGCUCACUUCUCCACACUUUUCACUGCUUCACGAAUAGACCCAACAAUUUUCAAGCACCGUUUUUGCUUUGUCUUUCCAUAGAAUGCCGUUUUCACAUUUAGAUUUUGAGGAAUUUGUGGUCUAUGAACAGAAUUUGGACAACAAUGGUCAAUUCAUUCUGUUUCAUGAGGAGUUUGAGGGUGUAUCGUCUGGUAGGAAGAUCAUUUUAUUCUCUAUUGUAGCACUCCCUAGAACUUGUUCUUGUCUAUUCCUUCUGGAUAUCCUCUCUUAGAUGGAAGCUUUUCCUAUCAACACAUUGUAAGCGAAUCCCUUCACCUGGCCAAAUCUGUGUGACAGGCACCACUCUUUACAGCAGCGGUAUCUCGCACAAAAGUGUUGGCUGCCCCAUUGGGUAGCAAGCACUUUGUGUGAAUCAGGCAUUCGGCCGGCUGGGCUAAGGGUGCAAGAAGGGGUGCCUUUGCCGAUGUUUAAACACCACAGCAACGACCAUUCGCAGCCUUUGCCCGGAAGUGAAUUCUCACCAUUGACUUUUAUGGAUUUGCUGAAUGGGAAUUAUGUAUUUUUUUUUUUUUUUUUUUGCUACUCCAGAAGCCAUUGAUGUGAGGCCUUUACUUCAAAACAUUUGGGGAUCUAUUUUAGAUGUAAUGAAGGUCAAAGUAAGGGGUACUUCCUAAGGAGUCCAUUUCCUUUGAUCUCAUUUUGUCUGCAUCAUACUCUAUUUUAUGAUAUUUGCAUGUCAAGACUCUGCAGCCCAGAGCCGGGUUACCAUCAAAGCGCUAUAAGGAGGCGCCUAGUGGUCCUUGUUGGCCUGAUAGCCACCUGUUGGAGCAAUACAGUGCUGCAGCUUGAUCAGGCUACAGAUGCUUCAAUGGUUAUUGGGGCCUGGCAAUUACAUGUAGGGACUGAGCAUCAGGGCACAUCUAGGUCUAAAUCCGGCUCUACUGCAGCCACCUGUCUACAUUAAUUGCACCCCUUCCACCUCAGUAAAAUAUUUCACGCCAUAAGCACAAGGUGCAACAUUAAGGCCUGCCUGUAAUAGCCUGCGAGUUGCAGGAACUGCUGAUUUAGCCCUUAGAUCUAAAGCGGUAGUAGUUUAAUAAAAAGCAAAAGUAGGUUGUUUUGAAAUUCUUACCACUUUAAAUCUAUGAACUUGCAGUUUAUUACAUAUGUACCUAAAUGUUCAAAUUAAUUUGGCAAAAUUGUAUUUUAUUUCAGAUAUUGUGUUUUAUUGUACUGUACCUCAAUGUCUCUGUUUAUGGCUACUGCUAGGUCAUUUUCCAGUGUCAGAGACUAUCCUUAUUAACAGGGCUUGAGCUGCCAAUGGCUGCUUAAUUAUCUACAUAUUAUAGAUGAUGCUGCCACCUUGUGCAGCCAGACACACUUUCCCCAACAUCAGCUACAGUUAUGUAUGGAAACGUUCCCCACCUCUUACACUGUAAGCUAAUUUGGGGCAAAGCCAUCAUUACUUUCCCUUUUAUGUCAUUGUAUGCAAAAUGUAUUGUGUUUUCCUUACUCUGUAGCGCUGUGUAAUAUGUUAAUGCUUUAUAAAUAAAUGAUGAUAAUAAU